AUGCUUCAACAGCUCUCGCUGCCUCACUGGUUAAAAUGAUCGGUCUAGCCGUGUCGACCACGCACGAGUUUGCUCUUCUAGCGUUGGUUGGUCCAAUGGCCAAAGCUCUGGCGAUCGUGCUUUCGAUCGUGGCACUAGGCGCAACAGCAGCGCUUGAUGAUCACGUAAGUUUCACAUACAGCAACUUCUCGCCCCAGGCACGCAACGAUUUUGUGGCCACUGGUGACGCGACCUUCAACAAUGACGAGCUCCGGCUCACCGGCAAUCGCCUGUCGAGCUAUGGCAGGAUCAUGAAGCAGCAGGAGAUCCAGCUUUGCAACGCAUCCGCCGGCGCCGGCGCCUCCUUCUCCACCGAGUUCGUCUUCGCCAUCACCAAGAACGACUCCACACUGGUCAAUGCCGAUGGCCUCGCGUUCACUAUCGCCCCUAACCUCGUCCCCACCUCCUCCGCUGGCUAUGGCCGCUGGCUGGGCUUGUUCGAUCCCGCCGCGAAUGGCCGCGCGAGCAACCGCAUCGUCGCGGUGGAAUUCGACACUUUCAUGAACUUUCCACCAGUCUAUCCCGAGUUCCAGGACAUCGAUGACAACCACGUCGGCCUCGACAUCAACGGGAUCCUGUCCGUGAACUCGAGCUCGCUCUAUCCGCGGAGGAUCUCUCUUGGCAUCGGUACCGUCGCGGCGAGAAUCGAUUACGAUGCCGCCGUGCAGAGGCUGCGAGUGUUCGUCUCCUCCGACCCAUCGUUCCGGAACUUGGGCGACCCGGUGCUGGAGCACAGCGUGAAUUUGUGCGCCUAUGUCAGCGAUGUCUCGUACGUGGGCUUCUCUGCCGGCUCUGGCACCGCCAACCUCGACUUCCACCGGAUCCUGUCCUGGAACUUCUCGAGCAGAUUGGAGAGGAUUCCUCCUCCAUCACCAGUGACAGUGGUCGAUGGUGGAAACUCACCUCCGGCACCCGAGCACAACCUCCUGGGCACAGGCGGCUUCGGCAAGGUCUACCGUGGCAUCCUCCCCGGCGAGAACUCCCCGGUGGCCAUCAAGAAGAUGGUGCGGGACUCGCACCAGGGCGAGCGCGAGUUCCUGGCGGAGCUCCAGAUCAUCAGCAAGCGCAGCCACCCCGCCGCACUCAUCUACCUCCACGAGGACUGGGAGCAGCAGGUCAUCCACCGCGACGUGAAAUGCAGCAACGUGAUGCUGGACGAAGAGUUUCGCGCGAGGCUGGGCGACGUUGGCCUCGCGCGCACAGCCAGCCAUGACGUGAGCUCACGCACCACCACGCUCGCGGGGACGCUGGGAUACAUCGCGCCCGAGGUCGGGGUCACAUACAAGUUCACGCCCGCGUCGGAUGUCUACAGCUAUGGCGUGGUGACGCUCGAGGUUGUGACUGGGAGGCGGGUGAUUGGGAGCUCCAAGGAGAAGGAUCACAACGCAUGGCUGCUGGUGCCAUGGGUGGAGGAGCAGUACGCGGCCGGGAAGCUCUUGGGUGUCGUGGAUCCAAGGCUGUAGGGAGUUUUCAACGCGGAGGAGGCCACCAGAGUGCUUGUCACGGCGCUGCGAUGCAUAGAUAGCAAUCCGGGAAACAGGCCAACGAUGCGACAGGUUCGCAACCUUCUUUCCGUGGUUCUUCGUGAUUGAUCUUUCUUUGAUACUUUUAAGAUAUUGAAAACUUUGGUUUUUUGG